CAUUCUCAAACCUUUCUUCUUCAACAUGGUGUUCAUGCUAAACUCACCCGCCGUGACAUUGAUGAUCAUUUUCGUCACCGUGCUUUCAGUUCUCCUCAUCCCAGCGUCGUACGGAUCCGGAGGCGGCCGGAGAGUUCAUAAGGUGGGGGCGAAGAUGGACAUGGGAGACGUGAGGAGGAACAAGGAAGUGCAGGAGCUCGGAAGGUUCUCGGUGGAAGAGUAUAACAAGAGAAUUCGAGUAGUGUUACAAAACGACGCCGUUUUGUCUGACGGUGCUGGCAACAACGGAGCCGCCGCCGGAGGAGAGAAGGUGGAGUUCAUGAAGGUGAUGGAGGCGCAGAAGCAAGUGGUGGUGGGGACGAAGUACUACCUGAAGAUAUGGGCGGAGCAGAAUGGACGUUACAGAGAGUUUGAUUCAGUGGUGGAAGAGAAGCCAUGGCUGAGUCAGAAUUCUAAGCAGUUAAUUAGCUUUGCUCCUUCUCAUCAACGCAAGAGAGAUCAGAAAGAUGGUGCAGAAAGAUGGUGGUGAUGAUGAUGAUGAAUCGGUGUUGAAUAAGAAGGUCAUCUCAAGUGUGUAGUAGGACUCAAAAGUCACGUUCUAUAUAUAUCUGACUUCGUCGGAUAAGAUGGUGUUCGAUUAUUCUCUAAUGUAGUUUUGCUGCUUCUUCACUGUGUUUUUUUCCUCUCAUGGCCAAAUUUGUACCGCGGGAUCUGUAAUUGAAUGAGUUUUAUUUUUUUCCAAAUAAAAGUUUUUUGCUCUAUUUAUGUUUUCUUUUGUGGCCAAAGCUCUGCACGUU